AUGGGAAACUGUUGAGCAGGAACUUUAGAAAAUGAAAAGAAUGAUAUUAUCCUGAGUACGAAAUCCAAGCAGAUAGUUGAUAAUGCAAAAACGAAUCAAAACUACCAUCUGAUCCUCAGGAUGCAAUCUGUGAUGCGUAGCUAUCUCGCUGCGAAGAAAGCAAAGAGACUUGCUCAACGUAAAGUUGGCUCCAACAUCAGUGAAGGUGUUCCUACUGGGGACGGCACUUAUAUGAAUCAAGUUGUAGAAGAAAUGUAUAACCAACUUGGUCCUUAUGACUAUAACAUGGGGAAAAAUAACGUAUACGACGAGACUGUAGUCAUGAAAGGAUGGCGGACACUUGAUGAUGGAGAUAGCUUCUCUAAGAAUGGAUUAGGGCAAUCUAACGGAAACCAGAUCCUUUAUCAAGGAGAGUGGGAUGCUAAUAAUGGACUCAGACAUGGUAAAGGCACCCAAAUCUGGCCAGACGGGUCUCGAUAUGAUGGCUACUGGAGGAAUGAUCGAGCAAAUGGACCUGGCCGUUUGAUUCAUGCAGAUGGUGAUGUUUACCAAGGAGAUUGGGAAGAUGAUAAAGCUCAUGGAUGGGGUCAGUACAUGCAUCUUGACGGCUCUACCUAUGAAGGAUACUGGCAAUAUGAUAAGCAACAUGGAAAGGGAAAAGAGAAGUGGCCUGAUGGCGCAGAGUAUGAAGGAGACUAUCAAGAUGGUAAAAAGCAUGGCUAUGGCAGAUUCACGUGGGGUGAAGGAUCAGUCUUUGAAGGAAAUUUUGUUGAUAAUAAUAUUCAAGGCCAAGGUGUCUACCAAUGGGCCGACGGAAGAAGAUUCGAAGGUGGCUGGUAUAACAAUAAGAUGGAAGGAUAUGGUAUAUUUGAAUGGGCUGACGGCAGGCGCUAUGAGGGAGAAUAUAGGAAUGAUAAAUAAGGAAGGGCUUGGUAUUUUCUACUGGCCUGAUGGCAGAAUUUACCACGGAACCUGGGCUAAUGGUAAGCAGCAGGGAUACGGAAAGUAUACCAACGCAAACAGGGAGGAAAGAUACGGACAUUGGACUAAUGGUAGAAAAGAUAGAUGGUUAUCUGAAGAGGAAUAUAAUCAAGCUUAUGCGAAUGGGCAUUUUAAUUUUCUAGAGCACAGAUAG